CGUUGAUUGCUGUCAACAAAAUAUUUUAGUUGUUCGCUCAAUCUGUGCAAACACAAAGUGUCGGGAAUUUUAAAAAUUUACAAAUUUUUCUCUUCGAAUUUAUUUGUGGUGGUGUUUUAAAGGUGAUUAAACAACGAGGAAUUCUUUAUCAAUUUUAAUAAUUCAAUUUUGAUUUUGAUUCUCUGUUCAAAUCAUCAAGAAGUCUCGCACAUAAUGGAGAAUUUGAUUGAGAAACAACUUUUGGACGCUGUUGUAAAGCUUACAGAAAUUGUGGCUGAGAGCAAAGAAGCUGCCACACCCAAAGUUGAGUCUGAAGUUGAGUCUGAAGUCCAAGUCAAGUUGGAGCCUUUGGAGGAGAUUGAAGUUCACUCUGUGGAGGAAGAGGAGGCAAAGCUCCAGUUAGACGAUGAAGCUGGCAAGUUGUAUGUUGAGAACAAAGAUGCUGCCACACCCAAAGUUGAGUCUGAAGUUGAGUCUGAAGUCCAAGUCAAGUUGGAGCCUUUGAAGGAGAUUGAAGCUCACUCUGUGGAGGAGGAGGAGGCAAAGCUCCAGUUAGACGAUGGAAAGUUGUAUGCUGAGAUAUUGAUCGAGAAUAAGGAGAUCAAGACUGAGAACGAGGAAGAGAGUUUUGAAUCGGCUGAUGAUGCCUCGACAUAUUCAUCGCCCACUAGCUCUCGUUCUCGUUCUCGUUCCCGGAGUAGCACACCGGAAUCGUCUCCCAUGAGACCGAUCAUUACUUCUCCAGUUCCUCGACGCCAGCCACCACCUAAAGUUGAGGAACUCUCUGAAACAUCCGAAUCUUCGAUGGAGAAUGAACAGGAGGAGGAAGGCGAUGAGACAUUUGUGAAGAAGGAGCCCGAUGUCGAGAUGAUGGCUACUGAAGCCGAUGACUCUGAGACCAAGUUGGUCAUCGAUGAGAACGAUGAGACAGAGAGCAAGCCGGAUAGCAACAAGAAAGUCGAUGAAACUAAAGAUGAGGCACAUGAAAUGGCUGAUGCUGCUGGGGAAAUUCAAGAAGCCGCUAACGAGAUCUCUGGCAAUGCAGAGAAUUCGGAGAAUGUGGCAGUUGCCAAUGAAGAAUCAGAAUCUGAAGUUCAGGAACGACUCUCGUUGAAGCGAAAGAUGCCUGACGACCUGAUAUCUGAUAGAUUCCCAAAGAAGAAGAAAAUGACUAGCGACAUGGAUACGGAACUUUUUCAAAAGUCAAAGAAGCUUAAAAAUGUUUUUAAGUAAAUGACAAAUGGCUCAGUACAGGACACAUUUCCAUUUUUCAAAUUCAAAAAUGUCAUUAUAUCAAUAAGAAUUGAUAUUCUCAAGAAAACAUCAAACAAAGCAACGUAUGAAAAUGGAAUUUGGUACCAUUCAAUUUAUUUCUUCCCCUCAUGAAAAAAACUUGGUUUUUGGCA